GACAUGUAUCAGUCAACCAUUGAAUUUGUAUCAGUGCCCUAUCAAAUAAUAGAAAAUGUUCGCUAAGAUUGUAGUAAUUGUUGUCCUGUUGGGUGCUGCAGCGGCGCACCACGCGUUCUCCUCCCAGCACGUGCACAAGUACGACGGUCACCACGAGCCCGUGUACCAUCACGGACACGGACACGAACACCAUGACUACUACACUCACCCGAAGUACGACUUCGAGUACAAGGUGGAUGACCCACACACCGGCGACCACAAGUCGCAGCACGAGUCCCGCGACGGCGACGUAGUGCACGGCUACUACUCGCUGCAGCAGCCCGACGGCUCCCUCAGGGACGUGCACUACCACGGCGACGACCACUCCGGUUUCCACGCUGAUGUCAAGCAUAGCACCCACCACAUUGUUCCCGUCAAGCACCAUAUGUUGCAGGUGCUGGUCCUUUUGACGCUGGUGGCCGCUGUGUUUGCUGAUCACCACCACGCGUUCUCCUCGCAACACAUCGAGAAACAUGACGGACAUCACGAAGAAGUAUCUUACGGACAUAAAGAGAAACAUCACUAUGAUUUCUUUACUCACCCGAAAUACAAGUUCGAGUACAAAGUAGAAGAUCACCACACUAAGGACCACAAAAGCCAGCACGAGACGCGCGAGCACGACGACGUAAAGGGAUACUACUCGCUGCACGACCCCGACGGCUCAGAGAGACACGUGCACUACCACAGCGAUAAGAAAUCCGGUUUCCACGCCGACGUGAAACACAGCACUCACCACAUCGUGCCUAAGAAGCACCAUCACUAGUCUGUUAUAUUAAAA